AUGGAGUUCAUCAAACCGGUACCCGCCUCGUCGGUAGAAAAGAUGGGCGAGAAGCGUGUAUAUGAGGUGCAGGAAGGCGAAGCCACCACUGUUGUCGAAAAUGUCGACUCGCUCAAGCGGCGGUUGACGAAUCGUCAAAUGCAGCUCAUCGCCAUUGGCGGCUCGAUCGGCACGGCGCUCUUCGUCAGUAUCGGAUACGGACUCAUUGAAGGCGGUCCUGGUGGCCUGUUCAUCGCAUUCACCCUGUAUUCGUGCGUCCUCGGUCUGGUCAACAGCUGUAUGGCGGAGAUGGCGGUCUUUAUGCCCGUCAGCGGCUCUUUCAUUCGAAUGGGGUCCAAGUGGGUCGACGAAGCAUUCGGGUUCAUGGUGGGCUGGAACUUCUUCCUGUACGAGGCUGUCUUGAUCCCGUGGGAAAUCGAGGCGCUGAACCUCGUCCUGACCUUCUGGUCCGACAACAUUCCCAAGGUGGCCAUUUGCCUUGCGUGUAUCGCUCUCUAUGGAUUGAUCAACCUCUUUGCCGUAAAGUGGUACGGCGAGUCCGAGUUCUGGCUCUCGGGAGGCAAAGUCAUUCUCGUCGGAAUUGUCUUUGCCUUUACCUUUGUCACUAUGGUUGGAGGUAACCCCCAGCACGAUGCAUACGGAUUUCGAUACUGGAAUAAUCCUGGCGCCUUUGCCGAAUAUGUGACCACCGGCGCACUCGGUCGCUUCGAGGGAUUCCUGGGCGCGCUUUUCAUGGCUGCUUUCACCGUGGUUGGACCAGAGUACGUGGCCAUGGUCAGCGGCGAGGCCAUGUAUCCCAGAAAGCACCUGAAACAAGCCUUCAAGACGGUAUAUUGGCGAUUCGGGAUCUUCUUCAUCCUCGGAGCUCUCUGUGUCGGUAUUGUGGUGCCGUACAACGACCCGACCCUGAACGCCGUGCUCAACGGGGGCUCUUCGGGGACAGCUGGCGCAUCUGCAUAUGUUAUCGCCAUGCAGAACAUGGGCAUUACGGUGCUUCCCGACCUCACAAAUGCUCUUCUCGUCACAAGCAUCUUCUCCGCCGGAAACACCUACGUCUACUGCGCUUCCAGGACCCUCUACGGCCUCUCUCUGGACGGCCAUGCUCCGAGGUUCCUGCAAAGAUGCACCAAGGCCGGAGUGCCCAUCUACUGCUUCUGCAUCACGAUGGUGUUUCCGCUCUUGUCCCUGCUCACACUGGGAACCAGCAGUACACAAGUCAUCACUUGGCUGACCAACCUCACCGAGGCAUCCCAAAUCAUCGACUUCAUCGUCAUGUGCAUCAUCUAUAUCUUCUUCUAUCGCGCACUGAAGGCCCAAGGCUACGAUCGAAAGACCUUGCCGUACAGGGGCUGGGGCCAACCGUACGUCGCGUGGGUCGCCAUGAUAUUCAUGAUCUGCAUCGUCGGCACGUACGGCUACACCACGUUCUUGCCUGGGUGGUGGGACGUGGGGACGUUCUUCUCGUACUACACCAUGUGUUUUGUCUGCCCGUUGCUGUACGUGGGGUUCAAGGUGGUGAAGAAGACAAAGAUUGUGAAGCCGGAAGAGGCAGAUCUCGUUUGGGAACGCCCUGUCAUCGAUGCGUAUGAAGCCAGCUUCGUUGACACCCCGCUGGGCUUCUGGCAAGAACUUAGGCAGCACCUUCCGAAGCUGGGCAAGAAGGACUCCUAG